AUGGCUUCACAGGGGAUACAUUUAUUGGGCAGCGGUCUCGCCCUGCUUGGCUGGACAGGCGUCCUAUUCUCUUGCAUCUUACCCAUGUGGCGCGUGACUAGCUUCGUGGGUGCUACCAUUGUUACCUCUGAGAUCAUAUGGGAAGGCAUCUGGAUAUCCUGUGUGGUACAGAGUACCGGUCAGAUGCAAUGUGACCCUUAUGACUCCAUGCUGGCGCUCAGCUCUGAUCUGAAGGCAGCUCAGAUCCUCACAGUGGGAUCGCUCCUGAUUGGCUCAUUUGGUCUCCUUCUGGCCUUCAUUGGCGGAAAAUGCACUCACUUCAUGGACUACAAUAACGGAGCUGUGAAAGGUAGAGUUGCCACUGCUGGUGGUGUGGCACUGAUCAUUAGUGCCCUGCUCUGUCUGAUUCCUGUCACGUGGGCUACUGUCGUUGUGGUUCAGAACUUUUACAACCCGCAUUUAAUUGAUGCCCAGCGCAGAGAGAUUGGUUCAGCUAUCUACAUUGGCUGGGGCGCUUCCGUCCUUCUCUUAUUGGGUGGUGGUAUGUUCUGUAGCACUUCCUGUUCCCAGAAGGCAGAAGACAGUGGUCCUUCAGUCAGUUACAAGGUUGUCUGUUCAUCUGGAGCUGAAUCUAGCAUACAGCAGGUCCGGGUUCACAAUCCAAGCCAGGAUACAGAGAUACCAGCAAGGUCUGAGAUCAUUGAUGGAGCUCCUGGCGGUCAGCAGCAGCACAAGACAACCUCUGAGGGAUCCAAGAGCAAGACUUCGACCACAAAAUCAGAAAAGCCCAUGAUAGAGUCCGAGCGAAGUGAUGGGCCAUCUACAAAGUCCCAGCUGAAUCACACAGGCUCUGAGCGCAGCCUGGGGUCUUCUGAAACUGAGGCUGUUUCCGCUGGUCCUGAGAAGACCUACAUCUGACCUGGGAAAAAAACCCUGCAACA